CUAAAAUUUGAGCGGGAAAUACACCUUUGGGAGCUUUGAUGAAUUUGUAUGGAUUACAAAUAAAGAUUUAUUCUAAUCCUAUUGCUAGCUUUUAGAUUUGUCAAUGGAAUGGUUAACUGUGUCAUGUUUUUGAGUUUUGGAUUUGAAUUGCUGAUUCAGUGUUUGGUAGAUAUGGUGAUGAUGUUAUCCCCCUUCCGUAUGAUCCUUAUGAAUUAUCUAAUCAAUAAAAAGUUCAACUGGAAAAGUUCGCAACUUGCUAACAGAUUCUCCUCUUCCCUCGCUUUUGUGGAAAACCCAUUUGGUUCAUGUGCAAAACAUGAAGAAAAGUCCACAUUUUCCAACCCACUUAGUUUCUUACGUGAUUACAAGUUUUCAGGGAAGAAUGUUAGGAACACGGAAAUCUUGCAUGCCCAUUUGCUUAAAACUUGUGAUUUACAAUCUGAUAUCUUCUCCAUGAACACUUUGCUCGAUUGGUAUUGCAAAUCUGCUGACAUGGUUAUUGCCUACAAGCUGUUUGAUACAAUUGCUCUUCCUAAUCUUGUUUCUUGGAACAUCAUGAUAUCCGGUUGUGACCAUAAUUCAAUGUUUGAGAAGUCCCUGGAGAUGUUUCGCAGAAUGCAUUUUCGUGGUGUUGAGCCUGACGAGUUUAGUUAUGGAAGUGUUCUUUCAGCCUGUAGUGCUCUGCAAGCACCAAUAUUUGGCAAGCAAGUUUAUGCACUUGUAACGAAGAAUGGCUUUCUUUCCAGUGGUUAUGUUCAGACUCGAAUGGUGGAUUUGUUUUCAAAAAAUUGUAACUUUAAGGAGGCUUUAAGGUUUUUCUAUGAUGCUUCGCGUGAUAAUGUGGCAUGUUGGAAUGCUAUUAUUUCCGUGGCAGUUAAAAGUGGUGAAAGCUCGGUUGCUUUGAAUCUGUUUCGCCAAAUGCACCAUGCAUCUGUAAUGCCAAAUAGUUAUACAUUUCCCAGCCUCUUAACAGCAUGUGGUGCUCUUAAAGAGUUGCAUAUUGGGAGAGGAGUUCAUGGGCGGGCAAUCAAAUGCGGUGCGACAGAUGUCUUUGUGGAGACUUCUAUUGUUGAUUUCUAUGCAAAAUUUGGAGGUAUGAAUGAAGCUUUUAGACAAUUUUCCCAAAUGCAAGUUCACAAUGUGGUCUCCUGGACUGCAAUCAUUUGUGGAUUUGUGCAAGAGGAUGAUAUCAUUUUUGCACUAAAGCUUUUCAAAAAUAUGAGAGCAAUAGGGCACGAAACAAAUAACUAUACUCUUACUAGUGUACUUUCUGCAUGUGCAAAACCCGGGAUGAUUAAGGAGGCUGGUGAAAUUCAUUCCUUGGUAUUAAAAUUAGGGUUCAAUGUGGAUCCUAAGGUUGGAACUGCUUUGAUCCAUAUGUAUGCAAAAAUAGGAGAACUUGGACUAUCCGAGUUAGCCUUUAGUGAGAUUAAAAAUAAAAAGGAUCAGUGCACAUGGGCAGCCAUGUUGUCUUCUUUUGCACAGAACCAAAAUUCUAGAAGGGCAGUUGAGUUGUUCCUUUUAAUGUUCGGAGAAGGUGUGAAACCUGAUGAAUAUUGUAUUAGUAGUGUGUUAAGCAUUAUGAACUGCUUAUUUCUAGGAUCACAGAUAAAUGGUUACACUUUGAAGUCUGGGUUAGUUGCUGACGUUUCUGUUGGCUGCUCACUUUUAACAAUGUAUUCAAAGUGUGGUUGUUUAGAAGAAUCUUAUAAAGUUUUUCAGCAAAUUCCAGCCAAAGACUAUGUUUCAUGGUCCUCCAUGAUUUCUGGUUUUGUAGAGCAUGGGUAUGCAUAUCGAUCUCUUCAGCUAUUUAAAGAAAUGCUAUAUCAAGAAAUUGAACCUGAUAACAUUACCUUAACCUCUACUUUAGCUGCAUGUUCUGAUCUUUGUGUCUUAAAGACUGGCAAAGAAAUUCAUGGUUAUGCUCUCCGUUUAGGAAUAGGAACAAACAUAGUUGUUGGCGGUGCACUUGUAAACAUGUAUUCAAAAUGUGGAGGCUUGAACAUAGCAAGGACAGUGUUUGAUAUGCUGCCACAAAAGGAUGCGUUUGCUCUUUCUUCCUUGGUCUCAGGUUAUGCUCAAAAGGGUCUAAUUGAAGAGUCACUUUUGUUAUUUUGUGAAAUGUGCCGAACUGAUAUGACAGUUGAUGCCUUCACAAUUUCAUCCAUUCUUGGGGGUGCUGCAGUUUUGUAUCGGCCAGACAUUGGAGCACAACUGCAUGCCUACACUGAAAAAUUGGGCGUUCGAGCAGAUGUAUCUAUUGGUAGUUCACUAGUGACAAUGUACUCAAAAUGUGGGAGUAUCGAGGAUUGUCAGAAAGCAUUUGAUGAUGUUAAGAAGCCUGAUCUGAUAGGUUGGACAUCCAUCAUAGUGAGCUAUGCUCAGCAUGGUAAGGGUGCAGAGGCUUUAGCUGCUUAUGAACUUAUGAGAAAACAAGGAGUCCAGCCUGAUGCCGUAAUUUUUGUUGGGAUCCUAUUGGCAUGUAGUCAUAGUGGGCUGGUUGAAGAAGCCUUCUUUUAUCUCAAUUCGAUGUGUCAAGAUUACAACAUUAAGCCAGGUUAUCGUCAUUAUGCUUGUCUUAUUGAUCUUCUUGGUCGAUCAGGUAGACUGAGGGAGGCUGAAAGUUUCAUCAACAAGAUGCUUGUUGAGCCUGAUGCUUUAAUAUGGGGAACUUUGCUUGCUGCUUGCAAGGUCCAUGGUGAUUUUGAGCUUGGCAAGUUAGCAGCCAAAAAGAUAUUGGAAUUGGGGCCAAGUGAUGCUGGAGUUUAUGUGUCAUUUUCAAAUAUCUGUGCAGAUGUAGGACAGUGGGAAGAAGUCACAAAGAUUAGAAACUCAUUGAAAGGAAAAGGGAUGAAGGAGCCUGGUUGGAGCCUUUUGUGAAAAACUAUGAAUAUGAUGUCAUGAUUGGUGACUUAGUAACUACUAAUCUGAUAUGUUGAAUUCCUGACAAACAAAUGGUAAAAGAAUGGUGAGUUUGACAUCUGAAGACUAGAUUCAUAUGUAUCAGGACAAUGAUUGUUCUGGACGAUGCUGGAUGCACAGUUAUCUUAAGAAAUGUCAAAAUAUAUUGAUACAACUAUAAUGUUAUGAUCAAUUGCAUGUAUUUUCAUAAUUCAGAUGCAUAAAUAUGCAAGGAAACACAGCUUGGCAUUUGUAUCGCAUUUUGUGGCCAAUUUCUAUGUUGAAGUGACUUCUGCACUUGGGGGCCAUAUACAUAAUGAUCAAAAACUUGCGCAAAACUGAUAUGGUUUAAUAUUGCCUGGAGAGUUUCUAUGGUGCAUAACGCAGGUGGAAUUGCAAAGUCAGAUAGCUUCACUGAUUGGAUUUUGGGUUUAAAAUUAUCCCAUGAUUUUGGUGCUUGUUAAUAUGACAGUCAUUAAGUGACUGGUGAUUAUUGGGUGUGAUGCUUAUGGCACUAAGGAGCAUGAUGGAAACACUUUCAAGCUACCAAAAUUUCCAAACUACAUUAUGUUCAUAUAAAGACUUCAAUAUGGAUACUCUGGGGAAAAUUGAUCAAGAUUUGGUAAAUUUUUCAGCUGUUCCUCUGAAGAGCUACAAACCUUAACUAUUACAGGACAAUUUGCUGUUAUCAAAUUUCUGAAAUGUAACUGUAGGAAUGAUUCUUUGCGUUCCUUUCACUUAACUCAACUAACUAGUCCCUGGACAUUUUGUAGGCCUACUUGAAACUAUUUGUCACCCUAGCAGGGCCUAUAAAAGCCUUGAUUCCUUCAUGGUAAUGAUGCUGUGCUGGUGGGUUCUGCUGUGCAACCCAGGUAUCUCCUGCUACAUUUUGCCAGAAAUGUUUGCAACUUCUAAUUGACUAUUGUUUUGGUGUGGAUGCAAAACUAAAGAAAUAAGAGGAACACACUGUCUUUGGAGAGUUUUUAACCUGAGAAAAUCUUUAAAAUGGCGACUAAGGCCUCUAGCACAAUGGCGCCCGUUGCCAGGGAACAAUGAUUUAGUAGCCAUUUGUAUGUAGUUUAUGUUUUUUUACUUUUAGUUUGAUCAUUCUAGGUAGGAGUUGUUUAGAUUUUUCUGCUACUGUUACAUACUGUUUUUGGCUGUGUUCAUUGCCCUAUUUCUGUCACUGUGUUUGCUGUAAGUGUAUCAUCAUCAGGUGCAGAUCAGAUUCAAUACACAAAUUUGACCCUGAAAUUGAGAGGCUAGAAGGAGAAGCUGAACGAGUUUGAUUCAGAAUCCAUUGACCAAACUAUCAAGCCUGUUGAACCAGAAACAGUCAAUUGAGAGACAUGGACCUGCAACGUGAGAGAACCUUGAAGGAGCUGGCAAACCAGGAUGUAGGCUACCAACCUCUGUAUAUCCAGAUUCCACAUUCUGAAGGGGCUGCCAACUUUGAAUUGAACCCAAAACUGAUCCAGCUGCUGCCAAAGUUUCAUGGCUUGGCUGAUGAGGAUCCAUACAAGUAAUGUUAGGUUCCUGAGUAGAAAACCUAAUUAACCACGAUCACAGUCGGCAGAAAAAAUAAUGAAAGAAUGAAUUUAUCUUACUAAAUGUAGCCUUCACAUUUAGUGCCUCUUAGAACACUUGUCCUAUAUGUUGGCAAAGAUUUUGUCAUGCUUGUGCCUUCCUCUAAGAUUUCUUAUUUUUCAAUUUAGGUAUACUUUGUGUGACACGAUUUUAUUGACUUCCU